AUGGAGGACAAACCGUCCAAAGAGAGCACUGCCUUUCCCUGGGAGUUGGGAGUUUUCGAUGCCCACUGUCACCCCACCGAUACGAUGGUAUCAAUAUCAGACAUCCCACACAUGAAUGUAACAGCUUUGACCGUCAUGUCAACGCGCGGAGAAGACCAGGAACUUGUAGACGAAGUGGCGAGGCGGCUUGGAGAUUACCAUUGCGAGGCUAACGAUGGAAAUGGAAAAAUCGUCCCCUGCUUCGGCUGGCAUCCUUGGUUUGCGCAUCAGAUACGUGUUGAGGAAGAUGGAGGAGAUACGACGACGGACACAGAGGCAAUCAAGACACGACACUAUCGAAAUGUUCUGACGGGAUCAGUGGGAAACGAAGAUGAAGAUAUUUCCUUUUUCAAGACUCUACCGCCUCCCAAACUACUUUCCUCCUUACUCGUGGAAACCAAAACCCGUCUCAUAGCACACCCCAACGCCCUCGUAGGCGAAAUCGGCCUUGACAAAGCCUUCCGCCUCCCAAUGCCAUGGCAUAAAGAUGAACUUGGCUCCCGCAACGAGAGCCUAACACCCGGUUCACGCGAAGGUCGCAAACUCUCACCUUACAGAGUGACAAUAGCGCAUCAAAAGGCACUACUAAAAGCCCAGUUACAGCUGGCAGGCGAAAUGCGUCGUGCUGUUUCGGUGCAUAGUGUUCAAGCCCACGGGGUUGUUUUGGAGUGUUUUCAAGAGUUGUGGAAGGGACAUGAGAGGAAGGUUGAGAGUAAUCGGCGGCGGAAGAAGAGAGUUAAUGAAGGGAGGGGCGGAGAAGAAGAAGAAGAAGCAGAAGAGAUGGAGGCAACGCCAUUAGCAUAUCCGCCACGAAUAUGCAUGCAUUCAUACUCUGGAUCUCCGGAAGCAGUAAAACAACUCUUACGUCCUAGUGUUCCGUCUGAUGUGUAUUUCUCGUUUUCGACUGUUAUCAAUUUCACGGGGCCAUCUGUGGACAGGGUCAAAUCGUCUUUGGAGUCAUUACCCGAUGAUCGGAUUCUGAUCGAGAGUGAUUUGCAUGUCGCUGGAAAACAGAUGGAUGAUUUACUGGAGGAUGUUGUCAGGACAGUCUGCCAUGUAAAAGGCUGGUCUCUUGAGGAUGGAACAAAAAGACUAGCCGAGAAUUGGGGACGGUUUGUCUUUGGCUGA